GAUCACAUUAUGGGAAAGGCUGACUUCGGGCAAGGGAACGCGCGCAUGAGCACGCUCGCUAGUGACACGACGAAGAAAAAUAAAUUGCACAUUUCGGACUUUCGUUAUGCCGUCCAGAUUAGCGCUUGCUUGUUGAAGCCGAUCGGUGCUUGGCCGUUGAUUGAGAAAGAUAUUUCGGCUUUUAAGAUCGCUCUGCACAGGUUGUCGAUGGUGAUCGCCACGUUUCUUCAAAUUUUCACCAUCGUGCCGUGGAUUGUGCUGAUAGUCAAAGAAAAAUGGAGCAUUAUCCUGAUACUUCGUACGAUGUGCCCGUUAAUCUUCACAGUGACGAUUUUCGCGAGGUACGUUCUAUUGCUGUGGCAUCAGGAUCGACUGAAAUUCUGCGUCGAUCGCGUAGCUGACGACUGGCAGUAUACAAUCCUCGCCCAAGACCGAGAGAUCAUGCUGACGAACGCUAGACUGGGUCGCACAUUUGGCAUCGUUUCCGUGGUCUUCAUGUUUAGUUGUGGCAUACUGUUUUAUAUGCUGCCGUUGGUUUUACCCAACAUUAUCACUGAGGACAACGUCACCAUAAGACUGCACCCGUCGCCCUGCGAAUUUCUCGUAUUUGAUUCCAAGGCCAGUCCUGCGUACGAGGUCGUGUACUGCUUGCAAUUUUUGUCGGGCUUCACAGUCUACAGCGCGUUCUGCGGUAUUUGCAGCUUGAUGGCACAUUUUGUCACGCACAUAUGCGGCCAGUGUGACGUGUUGGGUUCCUUUUUUAAGGAAACUGUCGACGGCGGCCAGCGUAACGGCGGUUCCAUUGACGAUCGAAUCGCUGCCGCAGUGAGUCGACAUUUGCAUUUGUUGAAAUUGGUUUCUGACGUAAGCGGCUUAUUCACCGAGAUAUGUCUUAUGGAAUUCAUAAACGCUUCGUGUAACAUAUGUCUUCUCGGCUACUACAUCAUAACCGUAUGUUGAAUAAUCCCUAUAAAAACU